AUCAAAAACUUCCGUCAAUUUUCCUCCACCAUCAGAGAAUUUUCCCACACUUUCCCACGCAACUUUCUCACCCUCCAGACGCUCACUCUCACCUCACUCCAGUAAGUCUCAUCUCGACUAAUGCAGCUCAAAGCGUCCAUAGCUCCAUAAGGUUUUCCCUAACGCCUCUACUUGUUUCUCACUCCAAAACCUCACCAGUGAUUCCACCAAAUCGGAGACUUUCUGUUGCCGGAACAUUCAAAUUCGGUGGUCUGAUCGGUAAUCGAGCUUCUUAACCGGCGAAAAUUCCGGCGCAUUUUGCGAAAAGACGACUUUUCGCAAUGUCGGGCCCGCCGAGACUCCGAUCGAUGAACAUCGCCGAUACGGAGCCAAGACCAGUCCUUGGACCCGCCGGAAACAAGGCGAGACCGGCGGAUACCAGAAAAUCGGCAUCAAAGUCUCUCAAGAAAUCCGAGAAGCCGUCCCAAGAAACGGAGAAGAAAGCGGUGGCUCAUUCGCCGUCUCUGUCGCCAUCGCCGCGGCAACGCGUAAAGGUGCCGGCGGUUCUGAGGCAGCCGCAGCAGCACCACCACCACGCGCUGCUCGGUUCCUCUAUGAGCGCUUCGUGUUCGUCUGACGCGUCGUCGUCGGACUCGUCGCACAGCGGGAGGGCCGUGAGGCGGAGCGUCGUUGCGCCGAUGAGGAGGAGGCAAUGCGGUCUGAAGGCGGAGAAGAAGGUUGAGAAAAUUGAGACCGAGAGCAUAUCGAUGAAUAAGGUCGGCGGUGGUGGUAAUGUGGUAACGGCGGAUUCUGACGAUUGCUUGGAUAGCAAGAAACGAUGCUCUUGGAUUACGCCCAACGCCUAUCAAUGUUACAUCACUUUUCACGACGAGGUAUGGGGACUCCCGGUCCACGAUGACAAGAAACUUUUUGAAUUGCUUAGCCUGUCAGGUGCUUUGGCUGAACUCUCAUGGCCUGCGAUUCUUAACAAAAGGGAUAUCUUUAGGGAAGUCUUUUUGGACUUUGACCCAGUUGCCAUUUCAAAGUUGAAUGAGAAAAAGGUUACCGCUCCGGGGAGCCCUGCCACUUCUUUACUGUCAGAACUAAAACUGCGAGCAAUGAUUGAGAAUGCACGUCAAAUGUGCAAGGUGAUUGAAGAGUUUGGAUCCUUUGACGAGUACAUAUGGAGCUUUGUAAAUCAUAAGCCGAUAGUCAGCCAAUUCAGGUAUCCUCGCCAGGUUCCGGUCAAGACACCCAAAGCAGAGGUCAUUAGCAAGGACCUGGUCAGAAGGGGAUUCCGCAGCGUGGGGCCCACUGUCAUCUACUCAUUCAUGCAAGUGGCUGGGCUCACAAAUGAUCAUCUUAUCAGUUGCUUCCGCUUCCAAGAAUGUUUAGCCACAGCAGAAGCAAGCGAAAGAGAUGGCGGCCACAACACAGAAACACCCAGAGAACCGACUGAUCGAGUACUGGCAAGAGCUAUGGAUGAACUGGUGUUCAUCUCGAAGUAGUUGUCUAGUGUUUUUGCGUGGUGAACUGCAAAUUGUUUCACUUGGCUUGUGAGGGCUUGCGCCGGUGAGAUGUUGUGGAUGUGGGGAAAAAUGUUGUGUGUAUAAAUAGUUACGUACGUAGGAAAUAGUUAAAAUCAGGCUAUCGUGUUUGAAUACAGUGACGUGGUGGUUAUUAUUUUGGUCAGGGUUACAUCAUUCUCAACUACGAUGUUUGUUCUUUUCUUUAUCGUCCGAGUUGAAUGGCAAUUUGUAUUUUUCUUUUCCUUCUUUGCUCAGGACAAAUGACUCGUUGUAGAUAAUAUAACAAGUUGGUUCUUCCCAAACCGUACGUUACCCAUUAUUGACUAGACGAUCAAAUGUUCAACCAUUUGGUCGCCUACCUCACUUCAUUAAUUCAAAGUAUCCAAUUAUCA